GUUAGAAACAUGUGGACAUCCGUGGUUUCUUCCAUUUCCAUGUUUGUGUUCCUGGCGUUGAUCAUCCCUGCAACAGUCUCACUGAACUUCAACAUGUCUCCCAUCAGUAGAUCAGACGGCGGCCACUUCAACUUCACGGGCGACGCUUACAUCGCCGAAGACGGCAUCCAAGUCACAACCAACGAGCACGACCAAGCGCGGGUGGACAGAGCCGGGCGAGCCACCUACCUCGAGACGCUGCACUUGUGGGACAAGGCUUCACAGAAGCUGGCUGAUUUCUCCACUCAUUUCUCCAUCGUCAUAGACUCCUACGGCAGCGACAAGUUCGGCGACGGCCUCGCCUUUUUCUUGGCCCCACAAGGCUCCUCCAUCAAACCAUGGUCAUACGGCAGCCACCUCGGCCUCGACAACGGCUCCUCACCAGUGGAUUCGUCUUCCUUGGAGAGUUUCGUUGCUGUAGAGUUCGAUACCUUUCCCAAUGGUGGUGAUCCACCUUCUAAUGGCGGCCCCGUCGUUCCGCAUGUGGGCAUCGAUCUCAACAGCAUCACCUCCGUAGCAACCACCACAUGGUACAACAAUAUUUCUGCAGGCUGGGAAAACGAUGUUUGGGUUACUUACAAUUCUACUACCAAGAUCUUGAGGGUCGAUUUCACGGGCAACUCCAACGGAAUAUUCCGACAACACAACCUCAGCUACGAGGUUGAUCUUAGAAAUUACCUGCCUGAAUAUGUUACUGUCGGAUUUGAGUCCAACAAUAAAAGGGCACUCAUUUUUGGAUCGAGCGGUGCUGCCGUAUCACUACUCAUUCUUGCAUCAGCUACCAUAUUCUGUUUUUUAUCAAAUCGGUACGAGGUGUUAGAGGCAGAUCAGCUCUCCGAUUCUGCUAUGGAUGAUGAAUUCGAAAAGGGAAACGGACCUAGAAGGUUUUCCUACAAUGAAUUGGUUGUUGCAACCAACGAUUUCGCAGCGGAGCAUAAGCUCGGAGAAGGGGGUUUCGGCAGCGUCUACAAAGGCUUCCUGAAAGCGACAAACACCUUCAUCGCAGUGAAGAAGGUGGCUGAGGGAUCCAAACAAGGCCGAAAAGAAUACGAGGCCGAAGUCAAAAUCAUCAGCCAGUUAAGGCACAUGAACUUGGUGGAGCUCAUCGGUUGGUGCCAUCGAAGAGCAGAGCUUCUGCUAGUCUACGAGUUCAUGCCUAAUGGGAGCUUAGAUUCCCACAUCUUCAAACUAAAUUCAUUGCUGACAUGGGAAAUGCGAUGCAGAAUUGCACAAGGGCUAGCUUCAGCUCUGCUGUACUUGCACCAAGGCUUGAGACAGUAUGUAGUGCACAGGGAUAUAAAAUCGAGCAACGUGAUGCUCGACAACAACUUCAACGCCAAGCUGGGCGACUUCGGAUUGGCCCGGCUGGUUGAUCACGAUAAAGAUCUGCAUUCGACCGUGGCUGCAGGGACCAUAGGUUACAUGGCUCCUGAGUAUGUUGCGACGUGGCGGGCGAGCAAGGAGACUGACAUGUACAGCUUCGGCAUUGUUUUACUGGAGAUUGCUUGUGGAAGAAAGCCUAUUGAUCAUAGGUAUCCCCAAGGCCAGAUUGUGUUGGUGGAGUGGGUGUGGAAGCUCUACGGAGGUGGGCAGUUGCUUGAUGCAGCUGAUCCCAAACUGGAGUCGUCAGAAUACGAAGUAAGCAAGAUAGAGCGUUUGAUGGUUGUCGGGCUGUGGUGCGUUCAUCCAGAUAGCACCCAGCGCCCCUCAAUAAGCCAAGUUGUGCAACUUCUCACAUCUGAACAUCGGCUGCCCGACCUCCCUCUCGCAAUGCCCAAGGCCGUCUAUAAUAAUGCACCUCUAGCAGCGAUCAGCGGCUAA